AGUUGGUGUCAGUUAAAAGGGGAGCUGCUUUGAACUGCGGGCUCUUCUGGAGUUGUUUUUCUUCUUGCAGGAAAUCCUGGGUGUCUGAAAAAUGAAAUCCUUUCACUUGACGAGGUCACGGGGGGCUGGCCAGCAGCCAGGCACAGGGCUCCUGCGCCGCUCUGCCCGUUCCUCUCCACGAGCCCAUCGCUUCCUCCACGACGCUUCUCUUGCACAUAUUUCUGUGUGCUGCGAGGAGAGGCUUAGAUUUGCUCUUCUGCUCGUGAUUUAGUUCACCCCGCGCUUGGAGGAGGCCGGUAACGUCUUAAGACCUAUCGCAGUCUCUGACCAUAAAACCCCGCGUUGCUGGGGGGAGGUUGACUGGCCUGAGCCGCAUGAUCGGAGUCAGGUGACGAUAUUGGGCACAAAACCGGAGGAGAACAAACAGUUGGGCGCAGGAGAUCAGCUGCUGGUCCUGCCUUUUGACAAGCUGUGUCACUCCUUGGGGGAAAAUGAGUGCCUGGCCCUCUCCUCUGCUUUGGAGCUUCACCACGGCGUGUUUAACAGGUAUUGCUUUAGGCCAGACAACCACUACCUGGCCCCCUGUUGCAUCAACACCAGUGCCUCCUAGUGCAGCCACCACCCAGGUCCCUGUUGCAUCAACCCCAGCACCUCCCAGUACAAUCACCACCCAGGUCCCCAUUGCAUCAACCCCAGUGCCUCCCAGUGCAGCCAGUACUGCGGCCUCUACGCCUCAAACUGCCUCUACAGUGCUCUCGGCUGGAGUGACAUCAACCACUGCAAACCUUGUUGUGUCCACGGCAGUGCCUUCUGCUGAUCCAAGCACAAACGAGUCAGCUCAGACUCUGCCCACCACCACAGAUAUGACCGUCCUCACCUCUGGCAGCAUGGCCACCUCUCAAGUGUCUACAGGACUAAUGACCACGUCCACCAGCACCCCAGCAUCCCCUCCAGGUGUGACCACAACUCCUGGGGUCCCAUCAGCAGUUCCGUUCCUCACCACCACGAGGCCCUCAAACUGCAGCCGAGUGAACGUGACAUCCUGUGCCAGCUGCUCCCCAGGGACAUUUCCCAAUGAAGGCACCUUGAGCUGCUCGUGCUGUGCUGGGGGCUCGUGCACAGACCCUGGUGCCUGCACCUCCUGCCCGCUGGGCCACUACCAGCCCGAAAGUGGGCAACUGUCAUGCCUGCCUUGUCCACAGGGACAUUAUGCCAACUUCACAAGGAGCACCGCAUGCCUUCCCUGCCCACCCGGUAAUUACGCUAAUGAGUCUGGGGCUGCAGCCUGCAGAGCAUGUGAGAAAGGGUAUUUUAGCUCCAAGCAAAAUGCAUCUUUUUGUCUGCCUUGCCCGUCUGGAUCAUUUUGCAACACCACCAGCUGCAGGGGGUGUCUGCCGUGCCCCGGUGGGCAAGAGGCUCUUCAGGAGGCAUCGGAGGAGUGCGUACCCUGCCAACCAGGUACCUUCUGCAGCGGAGGGUGGGGGCUGCCACAGCCUGGCUGGGAACGGGCAGCUUCAGUGCCAGAAGGAAGGGUUUCUUCCUGAGACACGUCUCCCUUGCCCAAGCGG